UCAGUCAGUGGUUCAUUGGGUGUUACACAUAUAUUUUGAUAGUUGCACUGUGUUAAAACUUGGUGUGUGAUGUCAUUAUAAGUUCACUGUUCCAGCUGACUAUAUAAAGUGCUCAGGUUAAAUAUUGAAUUAAAAAGAGAGAGCCAUUCAACCCAAUCUUUCGGUGAUGUAGUUCAUUCAACAGAGAUCUUUAAUGAUUGAGGAGAAUUGAAUGAUGAACGGCAUUUUGAUGAUCCGAGAGUUCGGCUAAUUAAGAUUUACGUGUCGAGUGUCUCCACUACAAAUUCGUCAUUCGAUAUAAAUAUGAAUGCGAUGCCGGCUAGCGCACGUAGCACAACUGUACAAUGUGUGGCAUAUAUUCAUUGUAUACACAAAUCACAAUCAUUUGUGACCUUCCCAGAGGUUACCCGAUUUUUUUCUUUUCUUCUCUUCACAUUAUUUGGUGAUGUUAUGACGAUAAGCAAUCUCUGUAGAUUUAUCGAUAUCAAAAUGUCUGCAACCAUAAAAGAUUUACUUCUCUACGAGGUCGCACCUCCAGUUGCAUCAACGGCUAAUAAAGUGACAGUCGUCGGUGUAGGCAUGGUUGGAAUGGCCUGUGCGUUCAGUAUUUUAACUCAAAAUGUCUCCAAUGAAGUAGCUUUGAUCGAUGUGGCAGCCGAUAAGCUAGCUGGUGAAAUGAUGGACCUGCAACACGGUUCGGCAUUCAUCCGAAAUGCUAAGAUCCUAGCCAGUACCGACUUCUCCGUUACUGCCGGUUCGAAGCUAUGCAUCGUUACGGCCGGAGCACGUCAACAACCAGGCGAAAGCCGUUUGGAUUUGGUGCAACGGAACACAAACAUUUUCAAAGGAAUCAUUCCGAAAUUGGUGGAACACAGUCCGGACACCAUCCUAUUGAUCGUGUCGAAUCCCGUCGACAUUUUAACCUAUGUUGCGUGGAAACUGAGUGGCUUGCCGAAGCAUCGAGUUAUUGGAUCUGGAACCAAUUUGGAUUCGUCACGCUUCCGAUUCCUCAUGUCGCAGCGGUUAGGCGUUGCGCCGACCUCAUGCCACGGUUGGAUUAUCGGUGAGCAUGGAGACUCGAGUGUUCCAGUUUGGUCGGGAGUUAACAUCGCUGGUGUAAGGCUACGCGAAUUGAACCCUGCGAUUGGCACGGAGGACGAUACAGAGAAGUGGAGUGAUUUGCAUAAAGACGUUGUUAACAGCGCCUAUGAAGUCAUCAAAUUGAAGGGAUACACCUCGUGGGCUAUAGGUUUGAGCUGCGCAUCAUUGGCUUACUCAAUUCUGAGAAACACUUCCAACGUUCACGCUGUUUCGACUCUUGUCAAUGGAGACCAUGGUAUCAAGCAACAAGUUUACUUGUCCCUACCGUGCGUCCUGACAUCGAAUGGAAUCUCGCAUGUGGUUAAGCAAAUUUUGACGAAAGACGAAGAGGCGAAAUUACAAGAAAGCGCUGAUGUCAUGCACGCUGUGCAACAGGAUUUGAAAUUUUGACAUGAACUCUAAGUCUUACAACAACAAAAAACUAUAUUUUUCUAUUAAAAUGACGCACACAUUUAACCCUAACCCUUAAUUUAUGAACACCAAAAGAAAAUCGAAAUUUUUUAUUUAUUAAAAAUAUAUUUGACGAAACAGUUGACGAAACAGCAAAAAUUGCAUCCCAAAAAUUUCGUUCCUUUUUUGUAUCUCUUGAUGGCUAAAUAUUGUGACAAAAUUAAGAAAAAAAAAUCUUUUCGUUUCGAAUAUAAAUUUGGUAAAAAAAGUAAAACGGCCACAAAAUGUCGCGAUUACGAAGUCCACAUUGAAAAUGGAUUGCAACGCAUCUACCUCAUGGAAAUGGAAAGAAAAAAAUGAAGACCUCAAAGACAACGGUACAAAAUUUGAAAUGAAAAGGAAAUUUAUUGAAUAAAACAAAAAUGGACAAAUCUAUCGGUGUAAUAUAUAUGUAGCUUGAUGUUGUAAUAAAAUCACUAAAUGUUUC